AUGGGUGGUGUUGUUGUUGUGGAAGAUGACAAAAAUGUUAGGAAAGGGAGAAACCGCCAAGUUCUGGGUGAUAUAGGCAAUGUUGUUCGAGGAAAUUACCCAAAGAACGAGCCGGCGAAGAUCAAUCGUCCUCGUACACGGUCUCAACAUGCCCCACUUGUGGAGGUAAAUCUCAAAGUUUCCUCCUUUUCCCCUGUGAAUAUAUUGGGAUCUCAAGGUUUCUUUGGUAUCUCAUGUUGCUAUAUUGUUUUUGACCUGAAGCUUGAUAAACAACCUGUGGUGAAGAGAAUCGCGGUACCAAAGCCCAGAAAGAGAGCUGAGAAACCAAAGGAUGUAGAGAUCAUAGAGAUAAGCUCAGACAGUGAUGAAGAACGUGGUUUAGUUGCUGUCCAGGAGAAGAAAGCCGCUAAGAAGAAAGCAACCACUUACACAUCCGUUCUUACCGCUAGAAGCAAGGCUGCUUGUGGUUUCGAGAAGAAACAGAAAGAAGAGAUUGUUGAUAUUGAUUCUGCUGAUGCUACGAAUGACCUUGCGGCUGUGGAAUAUGUGGAAGACAUCUACAGUUUCUACAAAUCUGUUGAGAGUGAAUGGCGUCCAACGGAUUACAUGCGAUCGCAGCCUGAGAUUAAUGAAAAGAUGAGAUUGAUUCUGGUUGAAUGGUUGAUAGAUGUAGUUGUCAGGUUCGAGCUAAACCCAGAAACGUUUUACCUCACCAUCAACAUUUUGGACCGGUUCUUGUCGGCUAAGCCAGUACCUAGGAAAGAACUGCAGCUGGUUGGUCUCAGUGCUCUUCUCAUGUCAUCCAAAUACGAAGAAAUCUGGCCACCACAGGUGGAGGAUCUAGUUGACAUUGCAGACCAUGCAUACAGCCACAAACAGAUUCUGGUGAUGGAAAAGACAAUACUGUCUACACUCGAGUGGUACUUGACGGUUCCGACCCACUAUGUCUUCCUCGCUCGUUUCAUUAAAGCUUCCAUUGCAGACCAACGAAUGGAGAAUAUGGUGCAUUAUCUGGUGGAGUUAGGGGUAAUGAAUUACGACACGACGAUAAUGUUCAGCCCAUCUAUGGUUGCUGCCUCUGCAAUCUACGCAGCAAGAUCUGCUCUUCACCAAGUUCCCGUUUGGACCAACACUCUCAAGCAUCACACUGGCUAUUCUGAAACUCAGCUCAUGGACUGUGCAAAGCUAUUGGCGUAUCAGCACUGGAAGCAGCAACAGGAAGGGAGUGAGAGUAAGGGAGCUUUACGAAAGAAGUAUUCCAAGGACGAACGAUUCGCUGUGGCUAUGAUCCCUCCGGCCAAAUCUUUGUUGACCGGCACCGAAUCUGCCUAG